GUUUCAAAAACACACAACAACAUCUUCUGUUUCUCUAGCCAUGCAACCAUCUCUAAACUUUCCUUUUCUCUCUCCAUGUCCACUUAAACGCAGAUGCACUAGAACAGAGGAUUGACUCGACAGCGCAGCAAGGACCUAAAAAGCCCGAGAAUGAAGUACAAGGAAAACAAAUAAUGAAAAUCAACGCAGAUGCGAUCAGCGAUGGAUAUGUGUGUGUUGCGGACCGUUAUACGACGGAUAACGAGAAACUUUUAAGAAUCAUAGACUUCAUAUGUUCCAAAAUGGAUUGCACAAUUAUAAAGCCAGGAGGUAUAUGUUAUGAACCUGAUACUCCCCUUAGUCACGCUUCUUUCGUCAUGAAUCGUUAUUACCAAGCUCAAGGAAGACACAAGGAGGAUUGCGAUUUCGAAGGCGCUGGUUACCUUACUGAUAUUGAUCCUAGCUAUGGGGGUUGCAGAUAUUAAUAUCGCAAGUAAAGUAUAUCUAAAAAUAUCUACGGGGGUUAACGUUUCAUCUUUUUAACAGUUUCAUGUUUGAUAUCUAAAGUUUGAAUGGCUCGAAAUAUUUGAGUUUUGUAUCAUUGUUUACUUUCAGAUAUUAGAUAUUGUUAAAGCAAUAAAACAAUAAAAUAUAUUAUAUUCAUCAGUACUUAAU